AUGAAAAUGUUGAAAAAUAUGAUAAAAAAAGUGAGCGAAGAACAGGAAAAAGAUGUGACACAAACAAUUGAUUUUGAUAAUGCUUCAAUAUGUUCAUGCUCAUGCUAUCAGUUACCGUGUCCGGAAGCUGAUCUUCGACAAAGGUAUACGGUACGUAAUCAUAAUUUGGCACAUUCCGAUAUUCAAUCAUCAACAAAAUCAGCUACUGUAUUUGUGCAACAAACUUCUUCUGAUACCAGUACUGCUAAUCGACCAAAUCAUAAAACAACCACUUGCUAG